AUGGAAGAAAAGUAUCCUUAUAGGUAUAAAAGUCAUAUAGAACAUUUAACAAGAGAUUCAACUUUCUCUAGCGUAAGUUCAACUGACGCAACAUUAGUCGACGAAGCUAUUUCUUCUCAUGGAAUAAAUACUAUAUCAUCAGACACAUCCUCCAAUUUUCAACAUCGUCAACAUGUUAAUUUCGCUAGAUUCGAAAAAAUGGUUGAUGAGAAAAAUAAUUUAUAUCAGGAUGGUCCGAUCAUAUGCAUAAAUGACACACCGACUUCGAAUAAUGAUGAACCACAAAUAAGUACGGAUCCAAAGAAAUCGAUUUAUACACCGGUCCAAAAACCUCUACCGGUCACCACCAAAACCUCUUUUUUUCACAUUUUUCGCUUCGCAUCAACAUUCGAUUUCUUUCUUAUGGCUUUAGCUAUCUUUUUCAGUCUAAUGCGCGGUUUUAUUAUCCCAUUGAUGACUAUUUUAUUGGGAAAUAUCUUUAAUUCAUUCACAGAACAACAACUCGGAACAAUAACAAAUCAAAUAUUUAUUCAGCAAAUUAAUGUUUCAGUAUUGGAAUUCGCUUCACUUGGAGUUUGUGCUUUUAUUUUUACUACUUUAAUGACAGCUUUGUGGAGUUGGACUGCUGAACGACAAGGAAGACGUAUGAAGGAUGUUUAUUUUAGAUCUUUAUUAAAAAUGCCAAUCGAUUAUUUUGAAGAUCCUGAGAUUACUUCUGGAGGUCUCUUAACUAGUGUUAACAGAGAUACUGAAAAUAUUCAAAGUGCUAUAUCUGAUGACAUUGGUCAUGUUAUAGAAUACACAGUGACAGCUAUGAGCUGCCUUGUCCUGGCAUUUACUAAAAAUGCUAUUCUAACUCUUGUGAUAUUGGCUUCGAUGCCUUUGGUUUUUAUCACGUUGGCAUAUACUACAGCCAAAGCGAAUCCAUUAUUAUCUAAAGAACGUGCAAUAUUUAUGAAAGCUGGUAAUGUACUCGAAAAUGGUUUAUCAGCCAUCAAAACCAUUAAAGCAUUUAAUGGUGAAGCAAAAGAAGAAAAGAAACAUUUGGAUCACCUACAAGAAGCAAAUAGUGUUUCGGCUAAUCUUGCUUGGAUUUACGCCAUAAGAGUAGGAAUGAUCCAGUUUCUUAUACUUUCGUUAUUUGUUCAAGGAUUUUGGUUCGGUUCAAUAUUAGUAUCAGAGAAAAAACUUGCCCCGGGUGAUGUUCUAAGCAUUUUUUAUGCCAGCUUGCUCGGUGCUAGUGUGCUUAAAGAAAUAUUACCCAAACUAGCGUCAAUAGCGAAAGCGAAAGAUGCGGUUAAACAUAUAAACAUUUUAUUAGAAAAGGUGACUCUUAUAGAUUUAAGAGCAUUAAGAGGUUUUACAUUAACAGAAAUAAAAGGAGAUAUAGAAUUUAAUGACGUUAGCUUUUCAUAUCCUACUCGUCCUGAUACAUAUGUAUUGAAAAAUAUAAAUUUAACCAUUCCGGCUGGAAAAACAACUGUAUUAGUUGGGCAAAGUGGAUCUGGAAAAUCUACAAUAACUCAAUUAAUUCAACGAUUAUAUGAGCCAAAUGAAG